AUGUCUUCCUUCUCUAAUCCAUCGACGCAAGUUCCGGUCGACAUUCCAACCCGGCCCGACUUGCAGGGGACCAUCCCAAUUGACACUGUAGCAACCCAGGCUCAGGCGCAAACGCAACAAUCCAACGCAAAUGGAGCACCGAGUGACGUGGCUGGGGUCCUCCGUCGCAAUCAGGCCUGCCUCGCGUGUCGGCGCCGAAAGCUUAAAUGUGACGCGGUCCGGCCUCAUUGCUCCACUUGCGUACGCUCGUACCGCCACCUGCUGCGCACCGCUCCGUCCACCAACCCGGUCCUUUCUUGCGAGUAUGACGACUCGAUGGACAAGGAUCAUCACGACGGUGAUACUUCCCCGAAAGAAGACGAUGACGGUGGCAAGAAGAAGAAGCGCAAGGCUUCUGGAGGACGGAGGAAGGCGGACGACGAGGUCGACCCAGAGCGCGACCGGCUGAUGAAGCGCGUUGCCGAGUUGGAACAACAACUCGCCCAAAAAAGUACAACAGGCGCCAACGGACACUUGCCGCCAUCGACGGCUCCCAACCCCUGGACAGGUGCCGGCUUCGGCACACCUCCCGUCGAGUCACCUGGCACCUUCCUCGACAUGCUGACCGGCUCGAUGCCUAUUUCUGCCCAGAACCCUGGGCUUGGCGAGGCCAUGUUUGGGACGAGUGCGGCUCCCCAAGUUACAGCAUCCGCUACAAGCAUGUGGAUGUCGUUGGGAACGUCUGCCGACCGAAGUGAGUCUGGCACAGGAUUCACGCCCUUCAUGUCAAUGCCCUCGCCACCCGCCUUUCCGGACGCUGGGCCCUCGAUGCUGUCCUCUAGCUUCAACUUUACUCCUGCACCGACGGGGCCGACGACGCUCAACUGGAGCGGCGAUGUUGAUAUGGGGCCGCCGUCCCAGGAGCAGACUUGGAGUGUGAACAACCUGGCGAAUGGACUGUCCGACGCUGCCCAAACAAGUUCGUCUACGGCUCCAAAAGCGGCCAACGUUGAAGCAGCGGACGACUUGGUCGACCUGGACGUUCUGAAUGGAGGCAGCAAUGACUCGUCUCUCGACCCGCAGAUUCUAGUAGAUCUUUUUUGGCCAGGAUGGCCCCGCAACCUUCCCGAACCCUCGGUCACAUUAUCACUUCUGGAAGUCUUCUUCGAAAUUGUCCCUAACAUUCCCCGAAUACUCAAUCGCGCGCGCUUCAUGGCACGUUUGAACCUUCCCCCAACGCACUCCAACUUCCCCCACCCCGCCCUCCUGCACGCCAUCUGCUCCCUCACUGCGUCAUGGAUUGAACCCACACCUGACAACAUCACCUCGUUCUUCCCUUCAGUAGACUACGACAAGGACAAGAUCGCGUUCAUGAUCCAGACAGUGACAACGAAAGUCGAUGGCAUGCCGUUCAGUCUACGGCAGGCUGCCUUUGGCAAGGACGCCAUCCAGGACGGUCUCAAUACGGGUAAUCGGCUGUUCGAUGUUGUCCGGGCCAUGAUCAUCCUGAGCCGCGUAUUCAUCGACGACACCCGGAUGCUGGAGUGCUGGACAUACUGUGGUCUAGUUGCGCGCAUGAUUCUUCCUCUCGGGCUCAAUGUGCGGUCUGCCGAGCUUUCAUUAAAGUCGGUUAUGCUUCCACCGCCCGUGGGCGCCAUUGAACGAGAGGAGCGUCGCAUCGUCGUGUGGAUGGCCAUGUACCACGACACGGUCGCGUCGGCGGCUUCCGGCUGGGGCUCGUCACUGUCUCUGGACGAGCUUACGAUCCCACUCCCCGUCUCGGCCGUCGACUUCAACAGCGGCCGCAGCGACGUGCCCCCCAAUCCGCAGGACCUCGAGUCAUUGGACCUCUACAUCAAGCACCCUGUCGUGGAUCCACUCGUGAUGGCUCUCAAAGGUGCUGUACUACUCAAUCGCGUGAACAAGUUUUCUCGCAAGUGGAAGAAUCGGCGCCUGCGGGACAAUGACGAUCUCGACGGCAUGCAUCGCCCAGAGUUCCGUGAGCUUGCCAACGCUAUUGCGUGCUUGCAGAUGAGCUUCCCGCCAGAGCUUUCGAACCCCGCAACGCUGGACGCCAAGAAGCGACUCGAUGUGGAUCUCAUUAGUGCCCAUGUCAUCCCCCACGCGGCUAUCAUCUGCCUAUACGAGCCGUUCGCAGACAUUGCGGACCCCAACGACCAGCCGGCCCGCCGCAUUAUUAACGCGGCGCGCUCCGUCAUCAACAUUAUCCAGGACAUGUGCAUCCAAGGAGGCCCUUCCAACCUCGCUGCGGUGAUGCACUCGUCAUCGUCACUGGCACUUGUCACAUCGGCUCGGACGUGCCUGUUGUUCUAUCGUCACGCUCUCAACAUCGGGGACACUGCGGCGGCCGAGGGGUAUAAGGUCAACAUCGAGCAUGCAAGGGCGGCUCUCGCUUCUUACGGCCUCAAGUUCAAGAUCGGCUACCAUCAUGCCCAGCUGAUCGAGUACUUCCUUGACCGCGCGUCCAACCCGACCUACGAGAAGCUUGUGGCACACUACCCUGAACAUCCUCGCCCAGGUGCUCUGCCUCUCACGAAACAAUCACAUCUCGGCCAGGCCAUCUUGAACGCGCUCAACAUCAAGCGCGGCUACUGGAAGGUGUCCGCCCAGUCGCACGGCGCGGGCGUCAACGUCGCCGGUACGGGGAUCAACGUCAGAGACAUGUCGCCGAGCGGCUCAACGCCUGGAUCCAGCGGAUCGGGACCAGGCCUAUUGCAUCCCGGCUCGUUAGGGUCGACGACUGAGCCAACGUCAGCUCCGACGUCGGUCAACAGCGGUGCCUGGCUGAAUGGCGACUCGCCGCGUGGUCCUGGGUCGUCGAACCCAUUGUCACCCAUGAAGUAUGUCGACUUCAGCGGUAACAACGGUGCGCAACUCGGAGGGGAGGUUAUGUCCUCGGGAGAUCAACUGUUCAACAACCGAUUUGGAAGCCAGGACCUGUCGCACUCAUUUGGGGGACAGUAG